CAGAGUCACACAGCUGGUGCCUCGCACUGCUCAUUGAGUCGCAGUGCUCAUUGAGAGAAAGGAGCAGCAAAAGCUUACCUUGGCGCUUGUCAAUGGUGGUGCUCACUCGCUAGAGCAGGGCUCGGCCAGCUGGGAUCGGCAGUUGCUCGUUUCUUUUCAUUUGACUCCUUUGGGGGACACGAUGAGUCAUUCAGAGGAUGGACCCGGGGCUGCGCAGCACUCGCAUUACUUCCCCGUUCCUGGCUACGAGUCACCACAGCCUUCCGACCCUGAAGCAUACACCAAAAAACUGAAGUGGGCGUUCCAAGCUUCAUGGGCGGUGAAUUGGUUCCUCCUGAUAGCCAAAGCGUACAUCUACUUCGUCUCAAACAGUAAAGCAGUGUUGGCGAGUCUCGCAGACUCGGCGGUCGACUUGGCGUCCCAGAUUGUGAUUUCGCUAGCGGAGCAUUAUAUGGCGAAAGCGAGCCCGCUGUACCCAGUGGGGCGGGCCCGUCUAGAGGCACUCGGGGUCAUAGGGUGCGCGUGUAUCAUGAGCAUGGCGUCUCUAGAGGUUCUUCAGUUUUCCGCAUUGGACCUGUACGAUGGCUUCGUAAAGCAUAAACACCCAGAGCUAGACUUGGGGGUCUUGAUUUACGUUGUCUUUGGAAUAGGCACGCUGCUGAAACUCGUGCUCUAUCUGUACUGCGACUCGCUGAAAGCGCGCUCGGACUCAAUGGCAGCACUAGCGGAGGACCACUUGAAUGACGUGAUCAGCGUGGCGGGAGCGCUCGUGACAGCUGUCAUCGCGUCUCACUGGAAGAACGAGUGGUGGGUGGAUCCGGUCGGCGCCAUUGUAAUUUCGGUCUGGAUCAUCUGGCGGUGGGUUAGCCUAACCUACAGCCAGGUUAAGAAGAUCGUGGGUUACUCGGCGCCCCCCGAGUUUGUGAAGCAGAUUGAGGACUUGGCGCACGCGCACCAUGGAAAUUUAGCUGUAGACUGCACUCGGGCGUACCAUUUCGGGUCGCGGUACAACGUGGAGAUGGAGAUCGUUCUUCCGGGGGACAUGACGGUGACCGAGUCGCAUGACAUCGCCCUCGAGCUUCAACACAAGAUUGAGGCGUUUGAAGAUGUGGAGCGGGCGUUCAUUCACGUGGACUACCGGAGGCGAGACUCACCGGAGCAUAAGGUGGAGCGGAUGCUGUUGGAGGCGCAGGAGAGAGAAGAGCAGCAGGCACGGUUAGAGAAAGAGGACGGGCGGGGGCUUAUACGGCAGCUUGCGGCACAGAACUCCCUCGUGUGAGCAGGGAGAGAAAAUGACAUUUUCACGUGCUUUAAUACGAAAAGGUAAAAAAUCUCUGUUCAGAGCAGCAUCGUUGGAUUUGGUUAUGAGAAGUAACUUACAAGAGGCUGCAUAUGGCAGCGUGUUGUCUAACAAUGAGAAGGAAGCCGCCCUGGCAUUGAAGGCUGUCAGCUGCCAUGUGACAUGGAAGCGGUGCUUCUGGAAUCGGCGUCGGAAUAGCAUUAGAAAUGCUGGGCGUACAUCGAGAGGUGCCACGCCGAGACAUGAGUAUAAGCAGGAACUAUCGAAGAAUCACACGGUGACACAGUAGCGGGGUGCUUAAUUGGAGCAUCAUUCAGCUCGCAGACUAACAAGGGAAGAACGAUUAAAGACUUGUAUAAGGCGCCCCUGUUGCGUAAGCUCAUCAAUGUGACGGGCCACGUUCACACAUGGCAGCUUCAGUGGUACACCCUUUUGCAUAUGUG